CCACACCUUAUUAUCACAUAACCGUGUUGGCGUCCACAGUAAUUGACUUGGCCAAAGCAUACAGGACUAAAUGCUGCACUCUGCUCUAGACACUCCCCAGACUUUGCAAAUAUCACCGUGGCGCUAGAAGAAAAAAAGCUGGAGAGCCGGUAUUUUACUAUAAUUUAAAUAUACUUAAGGGCAGUUAUUCUGUUCAAUUGCACCCGAGGUUUCCAAUGCAGUGAAUAAUUCUGCCACUCCUUACCGUGCGCUCUGAGGAUGCAAAAACAUAUAAGUGAAAGCAAGUUGCUAACUUAAUUGUCGUUUCUUCUGAGGUGGAGCAAGAAACUUAGCAGGCCCUCUUGUGAAGAGUGAUCAUUUGGGUGAGGCUUCAAAGGAUUACAUCAGCUUACAGAUUCCCCCAAGCCUGGGUUGUCGUCUCCAGGAGUGGAGAGUCAAUACACAUGGAUUUUCAGUGGAGUAAGUUUGAAUUGAAAGGAGGGGAUGAGGAGUGAUGUAUCAUCAUACGCAAUAAAAAGAAAGCAAUUUCAACACCACUUUGUUGGAGGAACAAAGCUAGAUACCACCCGGACAGGAAGGAAGCAGCAACAUUGGCAGUUUAUUCAACAUGGCAAACAAAAAUAUUGAACACCAAAAUAAUGCUACAAAUGAAGAGAGAAACCAAGCAACUCUGAAAAUAAUGCCAGAAUCUCGGGAUGUUGUUGAGAAAAUGAGUUCUACAGACCAUUCAGAUGCACCAAUGGAAGUAGAUGAAACAACCCUUUUGAAUAAAAGCAGCCAUAGCGAGGAGCCUAAAUCUCAGCAUCAUGGCAGACUGUGGCGAAUUUUUGCAUGCCCACCUCAGGGAAUCAUUGCUAGUGUCCUAACAAAGGUAAUCAUGGUGAUCCUUCUGUGGGCAGUCGUCUGGUCAAUUACAGGUCCAGAGUGCCUUCCCGGUGGUAAUUUGUUUGGAAAUCUGAUUCUGUUCGUAUGUGCAGUUCUGGGAGGGAAGAUUGUUGGAAUGAUCAAAUUUCCUAAUUUACCUCCAUUACCUGGUCUUCUAGGAAUGCUUCUUGCUGGCUUCGUUCUCCGAAAUAUUCCUGUUGUCAGUGAUGCAAUUUACAUUGACUACAAGUGGUCAUCAUCCUUGAGAAGUAUAGCACUUGCAAUUAUUCUGACCCGAGCAGGACUUGGGCUGGAUGCAAAGGCUCUUCGGAAACUGAAGGCUGUGUGUCUUAGGCUAGCAUUUGGCCCUUGUCUUAGUGAAGCUUGUGUUUGUGCAGUUCUUGGACACUAUCUACUGCAUCUGCCCUGGUCAUGGAGUUUUAUCUUGGGGUUUGUGAUGGGAGCUGUAUCACCUGCUGUAGUUGUCCCAUGCAUGUUGAUGCUUCAGAAGGAACUCUAUGGUGUUGACAAGGGAAUCCCAACACUACUUAUGGCUGCAGGCAGCUUUGAUGAUAUCUUGGCCAUUACAGGUUUCAAUACAUGUCUUGGGAUAGCCUUUUCAUCAGGUUCAAUGGUUUCCAAUAUACUCAGAGGAUUCCUUGAAGUUCUAAUUGGAAUAGCAGCAGGAGCUGCUAUUGGAUUGUUCCUUCGAUACUUUCCUAGCAGGGAUCAGGAGGAUCUUGUGAUGAAGCGCUCUUACCUGUUGCUGGGUCUUGCAGUGUUUGCUAUUUUUGCUACAGGAGUUUUUGGUUUUCCUGGUUCUGGAGGACUGUGCACAAUUGUCAUGGCUUUUCUUGCCGGGGUCGGAUGGGUUGAUGGAAAGGGUGGAGCAGAAGGUAUCACCGCCAAUGCCUGGGCCAUCUUCCAGCCAUUACUGUUUGGAUUGAUUGGAGCAGAAAUAUCUGUUAGUUCACUGAACUCAUAUACAGUCGGACUUGGGAUUGCAACUCUGAGCAUUGCUCUUGUAGUCAGAAUCUUGGUAACAUUCCUCAUGGUACACUUCUCAGGAUUUAACAUAAAGGAAAGAAUAUUUAUUUCUUUGGCCUGGAUCCCUAAAGCCACAGUUCAGGCUGCCAUCGGCUCUGUAGCUUUGGACAUGGCGCGAAUUCGAAAUGACAAAACAGCAACAGACUACGGUUUAAGUGUUCUCACUGUGGCCUUUCUGGGAAUCCUCAUCACGGCUCCCAUCGGAGCAGUUAUUAUUGGCUUGCUAGGACCAAAGCUGCUACAUAAAUCAAAUCAGCAGGAUUCAAAUCAUGGAGAAGGCAUAGAAAGCAAGAGCAGGACAUUGCAUGAACAUCAUCAAGGAGUGGAAAAUGAAAUUGAAGUCUAAGAUGUUCUCUGGAUCUAUAUUAAACUUCAGAAGGAUCUCUAUUGAAUUUCAACAGACAUGGCAUUCUUGAAUAUCUCUGCACAUAAGAGGAAAUGGUUUUAAAGCUGUUUUAUUAACUGUUGUACAUUUUGUAGAUUUAUUUUUUAAAAGAAACUGUCCGGAUUUACUGAAAUACCUAUUUGUUUGGAAUUAUUAUUUGUGUAGAAAUCAAUGUGGGCAUUUUAGACAUUUGCUUAACAUUAUGAAAGUACUUAUGCAAUUAGCCUUAGAUCAAUGUUACUAGGGUUGUAUCCAAAAAAGCAGAAAUACCAUAGCCAUUAAAUUGCUUUGUACCCCAGAAGCCCAUGAGGUGAUGAUCAUAAUGUGAAAUAAAGAACUGCAGGUACUAGAGAUCUGAAACAUAAUCAGAAAUUGCUGGAAAAACUCAGCAGGUCUGGCAACAUCUGUGGGAAGAAAGUAGAGUGUCACUGGAUUCAAAACAUUAACUCUGCUUUCCUCCCACAGACACUGGUGGACAUGUGAAGUUCCUCCAGCUAUUCUGUUUUUGAUUCAGGCCAUGAUCUAGUUUGUAUCUAUUACUUGUGCAAGUUCCAGUGGAAUAAUUAGUUCCAGUUAUCACCACAGGCAUCUGGAACAUAGAAAAUUAGAAUCCAGUUUUAAUGUUGUGCUGUGACAAUCAUCCCACAUCCUCUGUGUUCUAUAAAGUAUCUAUUGGCCCCCUUAACUGAAACUGUUCGGAAAGAGCUUUGUGUCUAACACUGCAUGCUCAGUGAUAGAUGCCAGUGCUGCUGCAGCUGGGAACCAGGUCUGAGAAGCUGUGGGAAAACUCUUGAUGAGUACUGUAAUCCUAGCAUUCUUCUUAUGCUUUUAAAAAAAAAUUAACUUUCUCUUUUUCGGUUCUGGAGACCCAAUCAGAAUUCUAUGGCUAAAAGGGCACAGAUGAUUUACUAGUGGAUUUCCUCGUUUUGAUGAAGGGGCACCAAACCUGAAAUGUUAACUCUAAUUUUUUUCUUCACAGAUGCUGCCAGACCUGCUGAGCUUUUCCAGCAACUUUGCUUUUGUUGUUGUUGUGACAGUGGGUUUACUCUUAGCCCAAUUAAUGCGAUAAUAAUUCAUCACUGUUGUACCAAAGCAAUCCAGGUUGAAACGCCUCUUGGUGUAUCUCCCUGUCUUGGUAACCAAAUCAAUUUUGGAAUCUGGAGUAUAAAAUAAUUAUAGCUGUUGUGAUAGAAUUGUAUUUUUCUUUUUUUGUACUGGGCAAAUUGAAUUUACAGCCAUGGUUCAUGCUGUUUUGUGUCUGCACCUUUUUCCAUCUAAUAUAAACGUGAUGCAUACAGCAGUUCAGAACACAUGCCAGAUGUUUAUCUUUGUAAUGGAACUAACUUUCUUUAUGAAUUAACUGUAAAUACAAUCUUCCACAGAAACACCAUAAAUUAAUUUAUUGCUGGAAGAGUUUUAUAAAAAGUUCAAGUCUUUCUCUUCCAAACUGAAAACAACAAAUACUGGAGAUCACAGUGGGUCAGACAGCAUCCUUGGAGAGAGACCAAGCUAAUGUUUCAAGUCUAGAUGACUCUUCGUCGGAGCUGAAGUGAAGUGCUUCUAAAGUUAAGAAUACAAGAGCAGCAGGAAGUGUUAAAAUGUACCAUGGGGCAACCUUGCAGUUCUAAACACAGGCCCCAAAACACCAAUGGAUUACAGUUAAAUUCCAUUAACUUAGUACAUUACAAAAUCAAAACUGCCCCACAUUUAUCUGUAAACUAGUAACUGCACUCAAAAGCCAUCAGGUUGACAGAUAUGAGAAGUGGAACUUGCUAUACUUGAAGAUUAAGUGAAAGCAAUGCUUUUCCAGCACAUUGGACCUUCAUUCUGUACAGCAUCUGAUAUGAGAGUAUUUAUCAAACAAAAUUGUCUCAACAUAUUAAUUAGGUAUAAUUACCAAUUUUGGUCAUGAAUUGUAGAGAGGAGAUUAAUUUAUGCUUAAUAGAUUAUAUAUUUUGUAAAGGAGUAACUUCCUUAUCCAGAAAGUGGUAAGAAUGUGAAAUUUGCUACUACAUGGAGUCCAUAAGGCAAACAGCAGAGAUGUAUUUAAGGGGAAAGUAGAUUAAUACAUCAGGGAAAAAGGAAUCAAAGAUUCUGCUGUUAGUGAGACCACGUAGGGUGUGAGGGGACUGAUGUAGAGCAUAGGUUAUUACUGUUUGUGUGCUGCACUUUCUACAUAUCGACUACAAUAAAGAAGUAAACAUGAUUCUGGGUAUUACCUUGUCGGGACAAGUUCUGUCAGAUAAGCUGCUUUUCUCUAGGAGAAAAAGAACAAGUCUUGGAGGUACCAACAUAAUAUUUCCAUUUAUAAAGAGGUUUCUAAAAUUUAUUGGGCAAUCGAUGUGCAAGGCAAAGUUUCAGAAGACAUGGCAAGUAGAAAUGAAACAGAAAUCAAGUAGAGUGCUGUCUCAAUGAUGCUAAACCAGUGGAAUAAAUUAUCAAGAAAAAUAUUGAAUUGUACUAUUAAUUGGACUCACCAAAUUGUAUUUGUUUUUGCUGUUUGAAGCUGGCAUAUUUUUUCUGUUCCUAAAAAUUAUGUGCUUGGUGCUGGCUUACAUUUCAAUCUAAAAUUAAUUUAAAGUUAAGAUACAUGCUAAUUUGUGCUUUACACAUAUAUUUUGCAUAAAUAUGGUCGACAUUUUUAAAGUAAAUAUUCCACCAAAUUCAAUAUUUUCAAUUUGUGGUUAUUUUGACAAUGUCAAUAAAAUAUUAG